AUGUUAAAUGAUUUAGAUCAAGGAGAUAAAAAAUUUGCCAGGGUUCCUCUUAGGAUGCAUAGGCGAUUGUUAUUUCGUUUAUUUAAGAGAGAAGCUAUUUUCAUAUCCGUUAGGGGACCUAGUCCUUCAUUAUUGCCUGCUUCCAAUGCGUUCAAGGUACCUUCACGGUGCUUUAGUAAGUUUCUAGAGGGGAGUAACUCUGCUCUGGACGUGCUACGUGAAGCCUUGCCCAUCGUAUUGCGUGUGGAGGCGUAUGUACCGUUUACACCCACUGCUCUUACUCAAAUUGCCCGAUCCCUUCCAGAUACUUUGAUGGAGGAACUCUGUGAGACCCCCGAAGGUAAGGGGGGUCUUUUAGCUUUUCUAUCGCAUUUUCCUUCUCAUUUCGAGAUGAAGAUGGAGGGUACCACUCAUAUUGUUUGUCGUGUUGGACGAAGUAAGGCCCCGGAUCACUUGCAGCGCCCCGACGCGGUGUGUUCUGGGUUGCCGACGGAGAAGUUUCCUGUCAGUUCGAGCGCGUCGUCUGCUACGCGGGAUUCGAAAUACCAUAGCAAAAACAUUCCAGCUGAGUUAUAUUCGCAUUUCCCUACUUUUAUCGUUCCCCUUCGAGCACUAUGGAGCUCCACGGAUGGGGAGGGGGGCGGGAUUCCUGCACCAGAACCCACUGUUACCGCAAGCACCCCAUCGGAAGCUGAGGAAAGGGUGAAACGCGUAGUGGAGAAUUUGCUUGUGCACUACAGGGAGUAUCUUAUAUACGUAAACCCUUACACAAAUGAUGCGUUUCCUUCGCGAUAUACCAAGGAAGGCGGGGCCGAAGAUACUUCAACAAACAUCGCUGAGUUAUCUUUAUGGGAGCUGGGUUACGCCGCUCUCCACCCAAGUGUUGUUGCUUCCUUUCAUCGGAUUCCUGCGUGUCGUAAGGCUGUUUUCGCAACUAACAAACGCCUCGCAGCUUGGCGGGUUGAGGAGUCCGCGUGUUAUCGUCUUGCGCGGCUUUUUCCUCGCGUUCACGACGAAAUCAAGCUGACGGCGGAAUGGUUAGCGGAGGCCAAGGAGCUGCUUCUCCCUCAUCAAUCACCUCUACACGUCUUGUGUGGCGCUCCACAUCUGUUCAAAACUUACUCUCAAAGUCUUUCAGCGGAGACCCACCAAGAGGGGGAGCAAAUUUCAUCCAAUUUGGCAAAAAUUCAGCUCUUCUCCCAGUUUCUUCUUGACAAUCGAUACGCCAUACAGGUAACCGAAUCUGAAAGUGAGCUCCGAGAGCAGCUAUACAUUGUGAGCAAGGGAGUUAGAAGUGCUGCGUCCUCGCAUCAGAAUAUCAACAUACCGAUUGACAGACGAAAGCGUCGGAAGCUCAGGCGUAAACUUCAGUACCUUACGAAUCGAACGCCCUUCUUCGAUGAUCGUGUGCUAGCUCAGUUUGUUUUUGACGCUUUGCCUGAAGAUCGACCGAUGAUUCUGAAAAAUUUAGUCGAAUCCCUACCAGAGGCCGUGAGAUAUUGCCUUCCAGGUGAUCUGAAGCAGUUUUUCCUUCGUUAUCCGUCUUACUUUAAAAUUUUCUAUGAUUAUGAUGCAAUGAUACAACGGGCGAAUUUGCCUCAACCAAGCGCACACUCAUCGAAUGAUAUCACUGCUGAGGAUAUUUUGCAAGAAAUCUUCAUUCGCUAUCCUCUCCGGUAUCAUCCUGAAAAGGGGAUUUGCCUCGUUAAAUGUGUAUCAGGGUUGCCACUAUGGAUUAUGCAACGAAUACGCACCUUGUCAAAUUUUGAGGAGGAUGUCCUGCAAGCAUUACCUCAAAAGGUUGAAAUUUUACCAAGGAGCCAAAACGGAUUAACGAAGGAAGAGGAAAAGGCCGCAAUGCAGCAAUAUAGAGGGAGGUGUGAUUUUCUCAUACCUUUUCGGUUCGUAGGCAACUUGAGAAAUCAAUUGGAGGAGCGAUACAACAAGUUUCAUAAACGAAGGGAAGCCAAGCUUUCCUCGGCGUAA